CGGCUCUCCAAGGGCCAGGGCAUGGCUUGCAGCGUGGUGGCUCCCCGCGUUGUCGGAAGGAGCCACUUGCUCCCCUGCCAGUCGCUCUAUUGUGCAGGUCGCCCCCCAUGGUUGCUCAUAGCAACCGUGUCGCGGGCGCGUUCCCGCUGCAGGGGCGAAUUCUACCACGUGGGCAGGCCUCUAAGCUCCUCCGAACAGGAAAAACGUGCAGCGGACGAGUGCGCACGCGUGGGCACUAAAGGGUUAACCGCGGCGGAGAAGCAGAUCGUCGCGCUCCACGAGGCGGCAUGCGCAGCUGGACAGAAAAAUUACGUGGAUCCAGUUACUAGCUACUUAGUAUUAACCAAAGUUGUCCAUUUGGAGAGGGGAAACUGCUGUGGAUCUUCCUGCAGACACUGUCCGUAUGGCCAAACGAACGUUAAAGAUCCAUCCAAAAGGAAACGGUUCAAUUCCUUUUUCUAUGCUUGACGAUCGAAGGCUUUUGCAUCAUACCAUGAAGAAAGAAACGAUCAGCUGUCACCCUCACUCUCCCCCCUUUUUUCUUCCCCCUACUGCUUCCCCGUUUUGCAUAUUGGCGUUCCUUUGACCUCUGCUGUUCCGUAUCCUGAAUAUUUUCCAAUUGUAAUGAAAAAAAUCCAUGUGUGUGCCAGUGAUGUUGAGCCAUUGACAAGGCUUUGCAUUUCUCUGCCACUACAAGCUGCAAAGAGAUGGUUGCUUUGCUUUCCAAAGUCAUUAGAGCGAAGGGGGGAAGCCAGCAAUUCUAGGGAUACCUUUGUUUUGCUUAACUGUGUAAUGGCAUACUCUGAGAACCAUGUCAAGGGCUUGUUCCAUUGAGUGAAGGGAGUGAAGGGCUGUAAGUGAAGGGCGAUUUGGAGAGACAGAUUUGACCACAAGUUUGCAAGAAGUGUUCCAAUCUGAUUCACAGUACAGUGGUUGGAUAUAACACAUCAACUCUGAAGUCUCUGGAUCCUAGAUCUUAAAUAUAUGUGCAGCUUGAUCUUGUGCAUGUUUACUUUGAAGUAAGUACCACUAAAUUAACUGGGACUUACACUCAAGCAAACAUGAAUAGGGGUGCAGCCUUAGGAGUGGGCCUGACUCAUUUGAUAUUGCUGUGUUUUCUUAGUAGCAGCUAAAUUGACUGUAUUGAAGACAUAGGCAGCGAGGGGAUGUGGAAGUUUUAUCUGUGAUAGCAUAGCUGCAAUGGUCCAUUCACAAAUGCACACAUGCAUCCUUUCUGGAUGUGGCAGCCAUCAAGAGAGAAACAUAGAUGUGUGAACCAGUCAUUGAUGAUUGACAGCUGAAUAUGGGAACUGACUCUUCUGCUUUGUGAGGCUAUAGUAGUUCUGUCUGUCAUGCUGGAUCUGUGAUACUGCAUUCACACAUGCAAGGCACCUCAUAAGCUGCAGUGAUCGAGUGAUAAACGUGCACAUGUGAACUGGCCCGCUGUUAAGCUUGCAUUCUUGAAUUGAAGCCAAAGCACAUUGUUUGUUUUGAGCUCUCUUAAAUUAACUGGCUGUCUGACUGGAGAUAAACAUUCAGUCCAUUUGUAUGAGAUGGCUAUUCCUUCUAAGUCAGUGAUCAGGGUGUAAACUGCAUCUUGGCUUCGCUAAAUUGUGGAAUGGCCCAGUAAUGACUUUAGAAGCCUUGGACGUAUAUGCAAUGGCCAAGCCAAGCCAGUAAGUUAAAAAUAGUGACCCAACAAAGACCCCAUUACAUCAGUGCUGAUCAAAAUUUGUAGUUCUGCAUGUCUUCCUCCAAAUUUCAGUUCCUUCCACACUUACUGAGGGGCAAACCUCAUUGAAUACAGUGGGGUUUCCUGCCCUGUAACCCUUCUUAGGAUCAACCUACCCAUCUCUGCUAUCAGAAGGGGGAAGGCCAGUGGUGGGAUUCAGCAGGUUUGCACCACUUCGGCAGAUUGUUAAAAUAGUGCUUGUAAACAAUCAGUUGUUAAAUUAUUUGAAUCCCACCACUGGGGAAGGCUGUAUCUCAUCAAUCAACAAUUCGGGUGUCAACUGUUACUGCGUUUCUGUGUUAAUACUGAGUUCAAUGGACUUGGGGGGAUUGAAACUCUGCUUAUGAUUGUACUGCUAAAACAACAACAAAAGCUCUAGAUGAUAAAUGAAAGUUUUUUUAUCAGA